UCUGUCGUAGUGACAAAAAGCCAAAACGCACGAAUCGCAGCAGGCGGUGCUGUGUUGUUAUGUAAAAUAAACCAAUUUACCGGCCACAACAUGCUGAAAGUGUUCCAAAAUUCCACCUUGCUAGCACAGCAGCUCAAAGGUUUAGUAUCGGUCCGGCACUAUGGCAAACCGAACAAAAAGUUCCUCUACAAGGAUGGCAUACUGAAGGACCAGAUCUAUUACUACCCAAGGGACAGCAACCGUGAAAUACCGCCACUGGAAACAGAACCUUCCAAAUUAUUUAGCGUCCGACGAUUGAAACCGAUCAAAGGUUUGCCGUACUGGGAAAAACGGAUACUACGCGGAUUAGGGUUGUACGAGAAAAACGCUGUUGCCGUGGUAAAAAACAUCCCGGAAAAUAAUGCACGCCUGUGGAAAGUGAAACAUUUGCUGGAAAUACUACCAAUAACGUACAAGUACGGUGAACCGGGACAGGAUGACAUAGAGCGAACGUUCCUGAAGGAGGAUGGCGAGUGUGUCGUGAUUCGUAAGUUGGAAGCAGUCGAAAUGGCCAAUACCAAAAUAACGGCUGCCGAGCAGAUCCGCAAUGCUAAGGAACGUAUGGAUGGAGAAACGUUACGAAAGGAUUCUCGGCUAAAGUGGUUGAAUGCUUGGUAGUGUAGAACGUCCAUGCAUUAGCGUAUGUAGAAUUAUUGAGAGGCGUAUAAUAUAAGGCUUGGUUAACGUGAAGGAA